GACGUGAACGAGCCCAGAGCAUCACACAAGCGCAAAGGACGUUGGGUACCCAGUGGUAUUGCAGUAACUGAGAGUAAUCGAUUUGAUGUGCGGUGCGCAGCUCUUCGGGGGCUAACGACUGGCUUGCGUGCUUGCAUGUACUGUGCAGGAUCGUUUUAGUUGUGGGCCGUGAUUCCGUGGUUUGAGAGCCGAGCAGCGGCCUCGGGUUACUGAAUGGCCUAGAUGCCUGAGGUCGAUCAGAGUGGGGUUGCAAGGUUCGAAAUGUGAGGGUGUCUGGUGGAUCGGGUGUUGACGUUUAGAGUUGUGGAAUUAGUUAGUUGCGUUCUCCGAUAGACGAUCAAUCGAAGGCCGGCAUGCUUCGCGCUCGUUCCUCAACUGUGUUGCGUUCUGUGAUCAGUGUCGGGAUGGUUUCUGGUGGAAUGACCUGGGGACGGGCAUGAAUGAGAAGCAGGAUAAUCGGAAUAAACGAAAGAUCACCCUCAGGGGCGACCGAAGCUCGUUGCCAGGCUUCUAUUCCUGCGAAUAAGAAGAGGAGUUACAGCGAUACUGUGCGCCCUGUAGAAGUCGGCGAACGAAGCGAUAUAGAAAGGACUGGUGCUGGCGUUCGAGGGGUUCGAUGCUCAUGCAGUACAUUAGGUGUGCACCAGAGGGUCAGCGUUCUGAGCUCGUCGCUGCCACGAUGAUGCAAGGGAUGGAAUGUUGGGGUACGACACCCCCGCCCAAAUGGCAUUACAACCCCAAUUCCAGCACAAAUCUCGCCCAGAUGAACGCUCCGCAGUUUCAUCCGCCAUGGAAUGGCAAUUGGGGUGAUAGAGCCGACCUUGUGGGCACCGGCGAUGUUCCAAACAAAGCGACAGCAUACAGUCGAGCGCUUCGCAAGUCGUGCUUGCUGAAUCAAAGGGGGUAUUUGAAAGCGCGGCGCAAUCGAUCGGACUCUGCGGACAAGCUUCGACAUCAUCAGUCACGACAACGGCGAGCAAUGAGCAACCUCGAAUGCUGCCAGGGGUUUCAGUUUCUUUUUCAGAAAGAACUGCGAGCAAGCGACGUGAGCAGCUUGGGGCGUAUCAUCUUGCCGAAGAAGGAUGCAGAAAGACAUCUACCGUUUUUGGCUGUGCGGGAGGGUAUCACAAUGUCCUUGAUGGACUACCAUACCGGCCAAUACUGGACGGCGCGCUACAGGUAUUGGCCGAACAACAAGAGCCGUAUGUAUUUGCUGGAGAAAAUCGGGAGUUUUGUGAGCUUCCACAAACUGGAGGAAGGAGACCUUCUGCUGUGCUAUCGAAACCCGCAAGGGGCUUACGUCAUCCGAGGCAGGAGGGUGGCAGCUGAAGCGAUGAGCAGCCCCAGAAGAGAGCCGAGUCCCGAUCGUGCGCAGGCGAAGGAAACUGCAACGAGGCCAGUUGUGCUGGAAUCAUACAAGGAUGAAUGCAACAGCACGGGGAGUUCAGAUGCGAGCAACCCAUCAUUCGACACGCCAGAUAGCGCUCUGGAAGAAUUGUUGAGCGGGAAGGAUGUGAGUGAUUGUAUGAGCGGGCUACAGGAUUUUCUUGAUGGGGACUUGGGGAUUACGAGAGACUGGCAGGGCGAGAAGCUGGGAGGAAGUUUGGUUCGGUCGUUCCAGCCGCCUCUUCUGGAUUUGGACUUCGACCCAGUGGAGGGAAUGCUUUGUAUGCCUAACGUGAAGCAACGGUACAUGGACUGAAAGAAGCGCAUCAUAUCAUUUUUUUUUUUAUUAUAUAUGUGUGCACCACAAACAAGAAUGACGAUGACAGUUGUACUAGAUGAUCCUUAGAUGCAUUCUUUUACUUACUUCUAUCUAUUUAUUAUGUUUAGGUAACAGUUAUACUAAAUAUAUGUCCUUGAAUUUAUUCUUCUUCUUGGGAUGAGUUUUACGAGGAGCAUUGAUCACAUGUUGUGGAA